GGAGGAGUUUGUUGCCAUCCUCGAUGGCUCGUUUCAGAGAUAUGGAGGGCGGCGACAAUGACGACUAUGGGAAGCUGAUGGUGGUGGAGAGGACGACAGUGACAACUGUCACCGCAGUCCUCUUUCGUUGUCAGGUGGAGAGGGCGAUGGGGAGAAUGAAAGCGCAGAUCCGCGCGCAAAGGAGGAAGGUCAUGCAGUGCACGGGGGUGGAAGGGUUGGACACCGCCGCCAUCUACGAUGCCGUCGUUCAGGUCUGGUGCGCCUUGGGUUGUGGAGUUCUUCCCAAAGCAACACCCAGGUGGUGGAUAAAAAGAAGGGCGGGUGGGGUGUGGGAGGAUCUACGGCAAUGCGACGACGCCACGGAGGACUACUUUCGACAAGCUGAGCAUGCUGCCACGUGUCUUCCGGGGGAGAUUGUGGAAGCUCUGUUGCCAUUCAUGCACCGCCCUGUGACGUUCUACGCAGAACCGCUUCAGCCUGAUCACAUCGUCGCGUACGCAUUGUACCGGUGGGCGUUGGAGGAGAUGUACGAGAGCAGCGCGUAUAACUUCUGCAUUGGCAGAGCAUCAGGUUUGGUGCCAGUGCGGGACGUCACUGCGGCGUUGCUGACCGUCUACCGAGAGAAGAUAUCAUGGCCAACGGGGUUGCGCAAGUCGGUUGUCCUCUAUGCUUUCGCUAGCAAGGGGUUCCCCAACUGCCAUGUCUACAUCGACUGCACCCAUAUCUACAUCGACAAGCUAGCAAACGCCCUUGGCGAGGACUACUACGUUCUCGAUCAUCGCACAGAUUGUCGUCGAUUUGAACUUGCGUGUGCUGGACAUGUUCAUCAACUAUCCUAGAAGCUUCCACGACGUCAGGAUCAUCCACCUAUCGAGUAUGUGGGCCCGUGCAGAUGCAAGGCUGGGGAACUUUUCAUCCGCAUACAAUUGGCUCCCCGCCCAGUCCUGGGUGGAGCCACUCCCCAGUCCCACAGUACGUGACCAUGCUUUCUCCGCCUCCCCAUCGGACGUGUUGGGUAGAGGUUGUUCGUGCGGUGGCAGGUGUGCAUAUGCAGACGGGACGUAUGGCCUUGCAGUGCAUGUCGGGUCGCUGCACGACCCGUAGCUUGCGAAUCG